AUGAAGAAGACGACGCCGGCCGAACCGCAGGUUGCUGCUCAUCCUGAACUCGACUCCAAGAUGCGCUCUCGCGGACUCUCGCUGCGCUUGGCGGUCGCUUCGCUCAUCACUUUCGUCCUCGCGCUCGUGUGGGUCGGAUACGGUUUUGACGUGGAUAUCGCCCCGGGCCUGCACUUGAACCUGCGCGUGGAUGUAGAUAAGACCUCCAAGUUCCCCGACUUGUAUGAAGCAUCUAUCACGGAGCUGCAAGACGGCAUGGAAAAAGGGCUCUUUACGAGUGUCGAUCUGGUCAAGGCCUAUUUCGCCCGCAUCGACGAAGUUAACCUCAAAGGCCCCGUCCUCCGCACGGUCAUCGAGAUGAACCCCAGUGCCCUUCAGCAAGCGGCCGACCUCGACCUCGAACGGAAAACAAAAGGCGCGCGUGGCCCUCUGCACGGCAUUCCCAUACUCCUCAAAGACAACAUCGCGACGAUGGCCAGCGAAGGCAUGAACACCACCGCUGGCUCCUUCGCGCUCCUCGGAUCCAUCGUCCCGCGUGAUGCGCACGUCGCCGCCAAACUGCGCGCCGCCGGGGCCAUCCUCCUCGGCAAAGCGAACCUCUCCGAGUGGGCGAAUUUCCGUGGAAACGUGCCGUCGGGCUUCUCCGGCAGAGGAGGGCAGGCGAGUUCGCCGUACGUUCCCUUGGGCGACCCGUGCGGCUCGAGCUCAGGUAGCGGCAUCGGGGGCGCGAUUGGCCUCGCCGCGGCGACGCUGGGAUCCGAGACGGACGGAUCGAUCGUGUGCCCGAGCAACUUCAACAACCUAGUUGGAAUCAAGCCUACGGUGGGGCUCACGUCGCGCGCAGGAGUCAUUCCUAUCUCUGAACAUCAGGACACGGUGGGGCCCAUGUGUCGCUCGGUGACGGACGCGGCGAUGGUGCUCUCAGUGAUUGCGGGGCGCGAUCCGCGCGAUAACUUUACGCUCGCGCAGCCGCCUAUCGUCCCAGACUACACAAAGGCGCUGGACAAGAACGCGCUAAAGGGCGCGCGGCUUGGCGUUCUGCGCCAAUUUCUUGCAAACGUCGAUCCAGUCAUCGUGGCGGCGUUCAACUCGUCGCUGGUCACGAUGAAGAAGCUGGGGGCGACGAUCGUCGACCCGGUGGACUUCCCAUCGUUCGAGGAGCUGCAGGCGUCGAACAACGAGACGAUCGUGCUCAACGUCGAUUUCAAGGUUGACGUCAACAGCUAUAUCGCCGAGCUCGUCGAAGUCCCUACGGGCGUCGAAAACCUCGCUGGCCUCAUUCAAUUUAAUACCGACCACGCGAACGAAGAGCUCAUCCCGCCCUUCUGGGAUGACCAGUCCCAGUUCAUCACCUCCGAGAGCACCACCGUCAACCAAACUUUCUUCGACGCGCUCGCCGCCGACCGCGACCUCGGCGCGACGCGCGGGAUCGACGCCGCGCUCGCCGCACACCGCCUCGACGCCCUCAUCCUCCCCACCGACGUCUCCUCCACGCCCGCGGCGAUCGUCGGCUACCCGAUCGUCACCGUCCCGCUCGGCUUCUUCCCGCCCGACACCCCGCUCGCGCCCGCGGAGCCGACGCGCGAGGGCGGGCCGAACAGGCCGUUCGGGCUCUCGUUCCUCGGCACGGCGUUCAGCGAGUUCGGGCUCGUGGGGAUGGCGUUCGCGUACGAGCAGGCGACGCACACGCGCUUGGCGGUGAGGGCGUUCCCGGCGGCCGUGCCAAAGACACAGCUUGUGGAUGUGGUGGGGAGGUGA